AUGCUUACUUCCGAAUUUCCACCGCAGUCCGAGGCACAGAUGAAACCGGUCAACGCUCGACCAGAUGAAGAAGGCAACGAGGAAGAAGUGGAUUACAGUUUCAUGAAUUUACCUGUUCGAGAGAGACGGAAACUUUUUCUCAGCGCUGAACGCCCACCCACAUUUAGACCUGCCGGAGCAGAUUCGUUGACGAUGCCCCGACCCCGGGCCUCAUCCAGACCUGCACCGUCUCGUUUCGAGACGCAGUCAGAAUACGGUGGGGCCGGAGAGGAUCCGUUCGGCUGGGAACCCCCGGUAACACAGAGUUGGACAGCGGGGACGCGAAGUGCUCCAUCUUAUGCACCUUCUCGCACCACAAGCAGUAGUGGAACCAUUAUUCUCAACUCUUCGCGUGCUGCAAACAGACCGGUGUUGAAUCAGCCCCUUGAAGUGCCCGUCAGACAGUAUUCGCAUUAUGCAGCACCACAGAGGUCUCCGGUUCAAACACCUACUCCAGGUCGCUACUAUCACACCUAUUCGCAUCCCAGUCGUGCCAUUUAUCGUCCUCAGUUUUCCACGACAAUUCGCGUGCAGGAUCCCUACACACAGGCUCCACGUGUGAUAGGCAGUGGCAUGAGCGGACCUGCUCGAGUUUACCCAGUUCGACGUUUCAGUACUGUAGCCACACCGACGUACUAUGCUGGACCAACGUAUACAUACAAUACCAGUGAUCAGUGGAGACCGGUUAAUGCUAACGUUAUUGGACGUGUUUCGCAACCGUUGCGAGUCAAUGUCUACAACAGUGACACAUCGACAGUGAACUUCAGUCCAACGCGUCGUGGAGAACCGACUUACAUUUCCGGAUCACCAGUAUAUCCGGCUUAUCCAGCAUACAUGGAGCGACCGUUCAAUGUGCAGUAUCAAGCUCCUGCUGAGCGAUUUACUCGUGGCCAGUCUGUCCAGCCGGCUACUGUGUAUGCAAGACCACCGUCACCUAUUGCCCAUCGAACUACUACCAUGCAAUCAUGGCGACCAUUACAAGCACCGAACUGGGUCGAGGGAGAACAACCCCGUCGACCGGGACGUUUCAUAUCGAACCAACGUCAGAAAGCCGCACCAGCACGGACACAAGACCCACAGGAGCAGGUUGGAGUGUCAGACUUUUGA